AAGUAUUACAAGUACAAUUUCUUGUUAAAACAUUUGAAGUUUUUUGAAGUUAUAACGCAAAAUUUACAAUAUUUUUGUUUUAAAAAAGAAAAUUUACAUAAUACAGUAAAAAAAUGAUUGUUUCUCCGGAGAGUACACAACAAAGUGACGAAGAAAGUACUAGCCCUAGAGGAACGAAAAGAAAAUUUAAUCAUACUAUAAGUGAUCGUUUAAUUCGCAGUAUUGAACUAAUUCGUUUCUGCAAUGAAACUGCUGAAAACAUACGUGUGAAAACGUUAGAGAGCACUGAAACACCCUGUGUUACGAGUGAACUUAGUUGCAGUUUUAGAAAUAGUGUUAAAUGUACUUUUGGAAUUAAUCGCAGAGGAACACAUGCCUUUCAAACCUACUAUUAUGACGAUGCAAUGAAAUUUAGAAGUACAUGUUUAGUUGAGAAACGUGCUGAAAGAGGCAAUGCUUUAUGGAUUCCAGAUAUACACGAAAAUCUUCCUGAGUAUCUUUUGGCUGCUAGUGAUAAUUUAUGUUUAUAUGAAAAUAUCGAUUCUAGUUUAAUUCUCAGAGCAUAUUUUGGAAACGUUCGUCGAAAUAAUCCAGUAAUAUCCUGUGGAUGGUGGAGUCAGGAUCCUCAGUAUGUAUGCAGUGUGCAGUUAAAUGGGGCCUGUAGUAUAUUUUCACUAGAUAGAAAAGAUGAAUUUAUUACAUUCAACAUACGAAAUUUUCAUAAUCCAAAUUGGAAUAUCGUUGACACUAACGUAGGAAUGUGUUUUUUUCAAGGUAGUUCGAUGCAUUCCUUUGUGACGUAUAAUGACAAGACAGUAAAUUUUCUAAAUGACAUAAGAUGUCCUGAAAAUUCUUACGUAUACAAUUUCGAGAAUCCAAUUUUUAGUGUCAAAAGCUCACUUCGUAGUCCUUGGCUUGUUGCUUGUGCCGAAAGAAAGAAUAUUUUAAUUAUAGACGUUAGAUUUCCGAAUCAAGCAUGUUCAUCAAUGUUUUCCUUUGAUCCGUCUGAUAAUGCAAGUUGCUUUUCAUGGUCAGCAUAUGAUGAGAUAGCAAUUGGAACUGAAGGUGGAAAAUUAAUACUUUGGAGUACAAGAAAAAAUGAUAUUCAAACAAUCUACAACUACGAUUUCGGUUAUAUUUACACCAUGGAAUAUUAUCGUGAUGCAAGAGACGUUUUAUUUGUUUGCCAUGAGUAAUUUUACUAUAUAUUUCAUUUUAAAAUGUACUUUUAAUUUAUAUUACUGCAUAACAUUUAAAGAUUUUUUUACUGAAAAAAUAUAUGUUUUACUGGAGUUAUAAUGAUAUUAUAUAUAUAACUAUGUAAUAAAUUUACGUAUUUGAUGAUCAUUUAUAUCAAAGAAUACUUGUAAAGUUCUGAAACCAAAUUUAUAUGA